UGGACGGUUGAUAUUUUGCAAAUAUGCGAUAACUUGCUGUUUGUCGACGCAGGGAGCUUCUGUGUAUGUAGGUACUGUUAAAUAGCUAUGAAGAUCACUACAGGAUCACGAACGAUGAAGGGUUACUGGUUUGUUUUUCAUUUGGCCGUAUUGCUGCUUUUUGGGAAGGAGGCUUUUUCUCAGAUACGAUAUACUGUUCCAGAGGAGGUUGCAGAUGGAACUGUAGUUGGAAAUAUUGCGAAAGAUCUGGGCCUUGACAUCAAUUCUUUGGCUGAUCGACGUUUUCGUGUUGUGUCUGGAAAUACGGACGUCUUUUUUGAGGUAAACCAGGACAAUGGGGCUCUCUAUGUUCGCAAGAAAAUCGACAGAGAGGUUCUCUGUCAAGGAAGUGGCGCGUGCUUAUUGGAGCUAAAAAUUCUUGUUGAAAACCCACUGGAAAUGCAUUAUGUAGUUGUGGAAAUUACUGAUGUAAAUGAUCAUUCUCCUAAUUUCUCCGAAAGAAAUCAGAGAUUUGAAAUAGCCGAACAUACAUUGCCAGGAAGGCGGUUCCAGCUACACACCGCUCGUGAUCCUGAUGCAGGACUUAAUUCCAUUCAUACCUACACCUUAACACCAAACGAUCAUUUUGAAUUAGAUGUCCGCCAAAGUGACGAGGACAAAAUACCAUUUUUAGUCCUAAAAAAGUCGCUGGACAGAGAGCAAAAAUGCAACCAUUCGCUUGUCAUUACAGCAGUUGAUGGGGCUAAACCUCCAAGAUCCGGAACCCUAAAUGUUACCGUUAUUGUUCUAGACAUUAAUGACAAUCGCCCAAUGUUUAGUAAGGAAAUUUAUGAAAUUUCAGUCCCAGAAAACGUUUUGGUUGGCACCAAAAUAUUUAAAGUUAAUGCGACAGAUCCAGAUGAAAACUUAAAUGGAGCAGUUGAAUAUAGCCUUGGAAAAACUCUAAAGAAGAAAGUGUAUGAUAUAUUUGAACUGGACAAGUUAAGUGGGGAAAUUAUAGUAGAGGGAUUGAUUGACUAUGAAGAAAAUGACGUUUACAAACUUGAUAUUGAGGCGUCCGAUAAAGGAACACCCCCACUGACGGGUGAGUGCAGAGUCAUCAUAAAAAUCACAGAUGUUAAUGACAAUCCACCAGAAAUAGAAAUCACGUCACUAUCAAAUUCAGUAUCCGAGGACUCCAAGCCUGGCACAGUUAUUUCUCUACUUAGUGUAACAGAUAGAGAUUCCGGAGUGAACGGAAAUAUUAUUACAAGCAUAAUCUCAGACGUGCCU